UCUGGCUACGUCGCAGAUCACAUCGAGUCCAGCCACAGUGAGCCAUCUUCGGUCGAUCGGUCACCUUCCUUGCGUGAAACAUGGCUGCUCGAAGGAUCGCUAAGUCCUCCGUCGACUGGGCCGCCUUCGCCGAACGCGUCCCAUCGAACCAGAAGCAGUCCUUCCAGGCCCUCAAGUCGAAGUCCGAUGGCUACCUUCGCAGGGUCCUGAGCUUGCCGGAAAACCCGCCUCCGAUCGACUUCGCCAUGUACCGUUCCCGGUUGGCGAAUCCUGCUCUUGUAGAGAAGUUCGAAAAGUCGUACAAGGCCUUCAGCGUGCCUUUCCCGAAGGAGCACCUGACGCCCAAGAUCGAUGCUGAGGAGCAGGCUGCGAAAGAAGAGAUGGCAGCUUUCAUCUUGGAGUCGAAAGACCGCAUUGAAGAGUACAAGAAAGAGCUGGCAAGGUUUGAGGCCAUGAUCCCAGCGUUGCACAUGACCAUGGAGGACUUUGCGGACUACUUCCCCCACGAGAAGAUCGACGUCGACAACCCGACGUACUGGCCGCACGACGGCAGCACCGACUACGACGACAGUCUGGACUACGCAGACCAGGGCGACGACCAUUAGACCACUACACCGUGCACGCCGCAGUCUUCACAGACGCGCGCUUCGCUUAGUGUGGCUUCGUCAUGCUUAGCAACUAUGAGCCAAGCAUGCGAGAGAGAUCGAAGUAAAGAGGUUUACAUUAGUAGCA